UUUGGAUUGAUCUGGCGGUUCAAAAUAUUUUGACACGAUAGUCGGACGACACUUUCUGUUUUAGAGAUUUUCACUUUUUCAUUCGUUUUGUUUGUUGAAACAAUGACGACGCGGGUCAAAAGUCUCGACUUUGAAAGUCAUAUUGAACUAGAACAAAUUGGGCCUGACACAUUCACAAACGUUCAUCCACCAUGGGUUUUCCCAAUCACCCAUACGAUGCCGGGACCUCUGAUGAUGGCGGAAGCCACGGCGGCAGCAUACAGGACUGUCACUGAAGAUUUCAGGAUAGACUCCUUACAGGUGACGUUCAUGUUGGGUCCAAAGACGGACAGACCACUCAUCUACAAGGUACAACGUCUCAGUCAAGGAAGGACUUUCGUGUCACGUCUGGUCAAUAUCGAACAGGACGACGGAAGGAUUUGCGUGACCGUCACGGCCAGUUUCGUCAGAGCCACCGAAUGGACGGGUCGUAGCAUGACACACACCGAGUCCAUGAAGACGACCGAACGUGUCGGCGACAUCACUUUGGACGACUUCGAGGGAGACCAUACACCGUUGGGACCUUUCAUGAAGUUUCAGAGGUUGCCACAUUUGCAGCUACCAGAAGCCAACGACCCGAUCACGACGACGAUCGGUCCUGUGGUUGCAAAGAUCGACCCUCCUAUAAAAGCACCGGCGGGUUCACAGGCACACUUGUUGGGUAUAAUAUACCUCUCGGAUUAUCACAUCAUGGAUUGUCCUUUGCGCAUCCACGAUAUCCCGUUGGGGUUGUUUCCCAUCAAUGACCGCACAAGGACAAAACAGCCCGCGAGCAUGAAAAUCAUGACGAGUUUGAACCACGCGAUACAUUUCCACGUCCACGACGGUUUCCGAGCCGACGAACUGGUGUACGUCGAGGCGACGACCCCGUGGGCAAAGGACGGAAGGGCAUUGAUCCAUUCGAGAAUCUUCAGUCACAAGGGUCUGUUGAUUGCCACUUGUGUGCAAGAGGCGUUCUAUGUCUUCAAAGACAAUGCCAAACUUUAGGUAUUUAGUCAAAGAAGGAAACCAUCAUGUGUGUAUAUGGUUGAUCCUUGGGAGAAGUUGUGGCUAGAUGUUAUGUGGUGUUACUGGAUAGGCUGUUGUCAGAGUGGACGAGUGAUUCAAGAGUGAUCAAAUGAAGUUACGAAAUCUUUGUUUGAGCUUAGCUAGGCUGUCCCAGAUCCUCUAUGUCGUUGGUUUGAA